UGUGCAGGUGGGUGCGGACCUGGCGGCCCCAGUCUCACCCACCAGUCUGGCCAUCACUGUGAGCCAUGGGCUCCUCCCUCAUCAAACACUAGCCCUGCCAUACUGGAGAGAAGCCAUAUAAAUGCAAUCAAUGUGGGAAGUUCUACUCACAGGUUUCCCAUCUCACCCGCCACCAGAAGAUCCACAUGGGGGAGAAGCCCUAUCAAUGUGGGGAGUGUGGCAAGGCUUUCUGCCACACCUCCUCCCUGACACAGCACCAGACCAUUCACACCGGAGAGAAGCCAUACAAAUGUAAUGAAUGUGGGAAAACUGUCAGCCACAGAUCAUCCCUGACCCAGCACCAGGGUGUUCAUACUGGAGAAAAACCCUAUGAGUGUCCUGAGUGUGGCAAAGCCUUCAGCCACAGCUCAUCCCUGACCCAGAACCAGAGGAUUCACACUGGGGAGAAGCCCUACUGGUGUAAUGAGUGCAGGAAAGUGUACACUCAGAUCUCCCACCUCAUGCGGCACCAGAGCAUUCACGUGGGGGAGAGGCCCUAUGUCUGUCAUGAGUGUGGAAAGGCUUUCAGACACACUUUGUCCUUCACUCAACAUCAGACAAUUCAUACCGGUGAGAAGCCCUACAAGUGUAAUGAAUGUGGCAAAACCUUUAGCCAGAACUCUUCUCUGACACGCCACCAGAGGAUUCACAUGGAGGAAAAGCCCUCUGAGUGUAAGGUCUGCGGGAAAGCUUAUACACAGAUUUCCCACCCCAUUCAACACCAGUAGAUUCACACCGGCGAGAAGCCAUAUGAGUGUGGUGAGUGUGGGAGAGCCUUCAGUUGGAGCACCCACCUCAUUGAGCAUCAGGUGAGAAGCCCUAUAAGUGUGGGCAAUGUGGGAAAAUGUUCAGUCACAAGUUCCCUCACUCAGCAUCAGAGGAUUCACACUGGAGAGAAACCCUACGCCUGUAACGAAUGUGGGAAAGCCUUCAGCCAGAGCAUCCACCUCACCCAGCACCAGAGAGUUCAUUCUGGAGAGAAGCCCUAUAGAUGUCACUGUGGGAAAACUUAUGCCCAGAUCUCAAACCUCAUACAACACCAGAAAGUUCAUAUGGAUGACAAACACUGUGUGUAGAGAACAUGGAGAGGGUUUCAGCUGGAGUUCACACCUAGCUGAACACGGGCGACUUCACACUGUGCAGAAUACCUGUGUCUACAGUGAAGCUGAAAAGGCCUUUGCUUGACGCCUGCAGCUUGGUAACUGUCAGACAACUCCCACAGACGAGCAGGCCUGUGCGGCACAUGCUGGCUGUUCUGUUAGCUUCUGGCUAACUGCCACCUACACUGACUUCCUCCUGGGGAGGAACUACGACAUGUUGAAAGUUGGUUUCUCUGUUUCCCAGAAGCUGUCUGCUGGGACAGCUUCUGAUCGUAUUAGGAGCUUCCCCAAUGGGUUUGUCAACCCUGAAACAGAGAAUGGGGUGUCCGGGGGCUGGUCUAAAUGGGAAGCAUCUCCAUCUGUGAUCUUUAAUAAGAACUGGUCUCUUCGAGUCACUGUUAUGUAUUAAUCAUUCACAAAUUGGAAGCUGAAAAUUUGUAGAUUCAAGUAAAAGUCUCCAGAUACACAUAACUGAACACCUGCUGGCUGAUUUUGUUUUCCUCAAAGUUUUAAGCUGCAAAUGUCACUGGACAAUCUACAGGGUUAAACACCAACUUUGCUUCACAUGCUUAUCACCAUGUUUUAUAUCCUGUUGUUAGUAUCUUUGACAAAUCUUCAGGAUUUUUGCUCUUUAAAACAUCCCUAGUGGGAUAGGGUUAAAGUUUCAGCACUGUUAAUCUAUCACCAGCCACUGGCAUGAGUUCGAUCCCCAACCA